AUUGAUGACAUGUAAUAAACUUUGUUCGAAUUCGAGUGUUCAUACCAUUAUUGUAAUUUAGCUUGUCAAACCUUAUGUUGGAUCCAAGUUUUCCGGUAUCACUCUACAAAACUCUUGAAUUGUCAAGAAUUUUUUAUGCAGUCUGGGUUUUCGCUUUUUUAUUCAAAUAAGUUUGCGGUGAAGUUGCUGUUUCGAAAUGUAGAAAAAGAAACAAAGCAAACGAUACGACAAAGGCUCUUGAUCAAAAAGAUUAAAGAGGAUGAAUUCUUUUCCGCUGACCUUCCGCCUCAUUUUUACUGUUAUCUGCUUUCUAUCGUGUGUGAACUUGUCAGAUGGGUUCAAAUGGAUUUCACUACCUUCACAGAGGACGAAAGGACAUGUUGGCUCUACUGUUCACAUCAAGUGGUAUUACGAAUGUAAUAACUUUGGUAUCUCUAAAAUACUUUACAACAACACAGAGAUGUUCUAUCGAUACGGAAAUAAACAAAAUUAUUCUACAAUAAAAAAUGCAGUUCCUCAUUUCUCUGUUAUUGGUGGAUCCAAUACGACAAUUAUCAUCUCACAUGUUCAUAAAAAUAAAAGUGGAUCAUAUUGCUGUGUGGUUGAUUGUGGUGGUGGUGAUAAAGAUGUGCAAUGCACAUUCCUUUUCAUAUAUGUUUUACCUCGCAUCAAGUAUCUUUCCCCAAACCUUUAUGGCAAACAAGGAGAUUCAAUAACAAUAAGAUGUAAUGCCUCUGGUAAUCCAGCACCUCGUGUUACAGGGAUACACAAGGAUACCAACACCACAAUUGCUAAUUCCAGUGUGAUGUCAUUCAACAUCACUGGUAAAGCAUCAGGAGGAAAGUAUUGCUGUCACGUGUCAAACGGUUUUGGGGAAGAGACUAAUUGUACGUCUGUUGAAGUGACAG